AUGUCACAACAACAAGCCACCACCUCUACCACCAAAAAAAAUGAAGGUGAAAAUCCAAAUCCAAAAUCAGCACUUGACGUAGCAGUAAAUCAGUUGGUAAGAGCUUCUGUCGGUGGCGACAUUCCAAGCUCGCUUGAAGGAGAAGAUUUAGACAAGUAUGUAGCGGAUUUAUUGUUAAAAGAAGCAGCAAAUAAAAAUAAAUUAUAUAAGGAAGAAGGCGUCAGAGCUUUAUUACCAAAUACUGGAUUAAACGUUAAUAAUCAUAAUAAAGCAGUUAUUAAAAGAACAGAAGAAAAGGCAGCUGCUGCACUUAGAAGAACUAUUCGUAUUCCUUCAUGGAGCGACGAUGAUAAGAGUUAUCAUAAAAGAAAAAGAAGUUCUGAAGAUGAUAAAAAGAAUGUAGGAGUAGUAGUUAUAGUAGGAGUAGAAGUUAUAGUAGGAGUAGAAGUAGAAGUUAUAGUAGAAGUAGAAGUUAUAGUAGGAGUAGGAGUAGAAGCUAUAGUAGGAGUAGAAGUAGAAGUUAUAGUAGGAGUAGGAGUAGGAGUAGGGAUAGAAGAAGAAAGGAAAAUAGGAGAAGCAGCAAUAGGAAUAGGAACGAUAGUAGAGGUAAUAGGAUUAGAAGUAAUAAAAGAAGUGGUAAAAGUAGAAGGAGUAGAAGGAGGAGCAGAAGUGAAAGUAGUAGUAGUAGUAGAAGUAGUAGUAGUAGAAGAAGUAGCAUUAGUAGAAGUAGCAUUAGUAGGAGAAGUAGCAUUAGUAGAAGAAGUAGCAUUAGUAGUAGAAGAAGUAGCAUUAGUAGAAGAAGUAGUAGCAUUAGUAGAAGAAGCAGUAGCAUUAGUAGAAGAAGAAGUAGUAGUAGAAGUAGGAGUAGUAGUAUUAAUAGUAGUAGUAGUAGUAGAAUUAGAAGUAGUAGUAGUAGUAGUAAUAGUAGUAAUAGAGGCAGGAGAAGAAGGAAUAACAAUAGAUACGACAGCAGAGGUGUUAAGAGGAGGAGGAGAAGGAGUGGAAGCGGCAAUAGUAGAAAUCGAAGAAAAAGUUAUGAUGAUAGUAGAAAUAGGAAUAACGAUAGUGAUAGAAGAAGUGUUGUAA